AUGUCCUUUCAAACGAACUCUGAGAGUGUACUCAGAUACUCGACUGAAAUGCAACACGAUGGUCUUCUCAACGAACAAGAAAACGUAUUCUUGUCUAAAGCUGUCAGACUUUUUGAACUUUGUGUAAUCAUAUACAUAAUAUACUCAUUACAUGCCACUUCUAAAAUCGAUCAGAAAUAUCUUGCUGAUUUCUUAAACACGAUUGCAACCGAAGAGCCCCCGAGCAACAUGAUGGACCUCACGCCAGCUCCUAUUCCGUUUCCAGACGCAGGGUCUCAAUCCUCCGCACCGACAUCUAGAGGGUUUCCACCAGGGUUUAGUCAGAAUUUUGAAACAGGCGCUGGAUAUCCCGGCGCCGGUGGGUAUAUAUAUCAACCUGUCGGCUCUGAUCCUAUCACCAUACCAGCCAAUAACGGCUAUUCACAACCUCCGAAUUUUCAACAAGCUCUCCAUGUUCAUAAUACCUUUGUACAACCAUCAUAUCCUUUAUCUCAUCAGAUACAACCUUUGAAUAAUGGGGUAAUGCAUAAUGUUGGGAAGUCCAAAUCAAUUACCGGAAAUCAAUCAUCCGCUUUAUACAUCAAAACGGAGCCUAUUAACAUAAGUCGGAGACAACGUUCUCCUUCACCACAAUCGAGUUCGAUUCCCAAGCAGCCUUUAAAGCGAACUCCUUCUCGACGAAAAUCAAUUAAAAAUGAUUCAACCGUAACAUCAUUAGAUGCAAAGUCGGAAGAAGGCAGCAGUUCAGCAUCGUCGACUACACACCCACAAACGUUAUCUUCAGCAUCAGGAAUAAAUGGUGCAUCAACUUCUUCAGCACCUGGAUCCCCAAAGAUAUUAUUAACGCCUGAAUCGAAUAAUAAUCAAUCACCAUCAACACCAGCACCAAAUCGAAGGGGAAAAAAAGGGCAUCACGAACUUUUAACUGAAGCAGAGAAAAAGGCGAAUCAUAUUGCAUCAGAACAAAAAAGGCGACAAAACAUACGUUUGGGCUUCGAUCAACUAGUCGAAAUUGUGCCCACUCUUAGCCAAUGUCAUAGGAGUGAAGCGUUGAUUUUACAAAAAUGUAAACUUUUUUGGUUAUAA